GUUGGCCUGUGGCGGCGAGACAGACCACGACAUGGGGCUCCAGGGUCGCCUGCAGGCCGUUCUCCUCUUCUGGGUGGUAUGGGAGGGGUGCUUUGCUGACCCCCGAGGCUUCCCCGCAAGCCCCUUCCCCUGGGCUCAGAGGGAUUUGAGGCAGACCCCACCCCCGGCCGUGGCUGUGCGCUGUGAGGAGGCUCUGCUGGCGGUGACCGUGCAGAGAGACCUCUUCGGGACCGGGCGGCUGGUCCGGGCUGAAGAUGUGACGCUGGGCCUGGCUGCCUGUCCCCCUGUGGCCUCGGAUCCCAUGGACACCACUGUCAACUUUGAGAUUGGGCUCCACGAGUGUGGGACUGAGCUGCAGAUGACGUCAGAUUCGCUGAUCUACAGAACUGUCCUCUACUACACCCCGAGCCCAGCCCGGAACCCCCUUAUAAUGAGGACAAACCCGGUGUCCAUCCCCAUCGAGUGCCGUUACCCCAGGAAGGACAACGUGAGCAGCAGAGCCAUCCAGCCCACCUGGAUCCCCUUUCAUUCCACGCUGUGGGUGGAGGAGAGGCUGGGCUUCUCCCUGCGCCUCAUGGCCGAUGACUGGAGCAUGGAGAGGAGUUCCCUGUCCUUCCAGCUGGGUGAAACCCUCCACAUCCAAGCUGAUGUCCAGACUGGCCACCAUGUGCCACUCAGGCUCUUUAUUGACCACUGUGUGGCCACCCCAAGGCCAGUCAAGACUUCCACCCCUCAGUACAGGAUCAUUGACUUCAAUGGGUGCCUGGUGGAUGGGAGAUGGGAUGAGGUCUCCUCAGCAUUCCUCUCCCCCAGACCCCAACAGGACACACUGCGCUUCACGGUUGACGUGUUCCGGUUUGCCGGAGAGCUGGGGAACCAGAUCUUCAUCACCUGCCACCUGAAAGUGACCGCUGUGGACCAGACCCCUGAUGCCCUGAACAAGGCCUGUUCCUAUGACCGAGUAGCUGAUGGGUGA